GCACUUCUGUGAAACCCAAUAUUUUUGAAAUAAUUAGGAAGGCGGUAAUGUUUUGAAAAACAAAGAUAUAUUGCAUUCAAACAACAAUCAAAAGAAAUGGACACGAAAGCCGACAAAUUACAAAAAAAGGCAAUUCGAGAUCAGCAAAAGCGUAUCAAACCUGGCGAAUGCCAGAAAUAUGUACGCAUGGUUUUGGACAGCAGUAUAUUAAAUUCGAGUAUUCCGGGACUUGGUUGUGAAUUAAAAUUAGAAAUCGAACAGCUACAAAUAAAAUAUGCAAUACGCGAUUUACCGUCUAAAUCUUGUAUCAUUUGGGAACGUCAAUCGGGUCAACGGGAAUUGCUGCCUAAUGAGUGUUUAGAAUCGCCGCUGAGCGCAAAGUGGGAAUCGGAAAAUCAAGUUGUGCAAUUUUUUUCUAAACAAGAUUUGAAGAACACAACAGCAACUGAAAUAGCGAAGAAUAUGGAAAAUAAUUUUCCAGAUAUGCAACCCACUAUAGCCUUAUUAGCAGAUCGAAAUAAGAAUGCGGAAUCAAACACUACAAAUUCUGUGCUCAUAGAUUUACAAGUCUUGCAUCAAGUAGCCACAAUACAAGUAGCGCCAGUGUCUAGCGAAGUUGCUGCAACCUUACGUCGUUUCACAAAAGCCAUAGCGGAAGCGCCAUUCAAGCAACAGAAAGCCGAAACACUGGGCACUUUUAAAAAAUUCCUAGCCAACGAUAAGAAACAGUGUGUACGUGUCGUGGGUACAAACGGUUUAGGCCGCCUUUGGCAACAACAUUUAAAUCGUUUGCCUUUAGUAACCUUGGAGGUAGCUGAGACUAUAAUCGCAAAAUAUCCAUGCCCCAAAAAACUUUUGGACGCAUAUGAACGGGAUGCAGAUGAGGAGAAAAAGAUAAUGGCCGAUUUGAAGAUCAAUCGCGGUGGCCCACAUCCAUUGCAAGCGGAUAGGCGUAUUGGACAGGUAUUGAGCGGAAAGUUACACAUGCUGUAUAACAGCAGAGAUCCAAAUGCAAUUAUUUAAUCAAAAAUUUGAAAACUUUUACGAAAAGUGGGAUAUUUGCAUGCACGAGCGCUAAUUGAGAAUAUUUAUACACCAAUUUUGCAAUUAUAGAAAAUUUUACUUCGAUUAAGUUAUACAUUAGAACAAUGGAUUAUAUAAUAUUUUUUUACCACUUGUUUAUUGUUUAUUCCUUAACGUUAUAUAUUAAUAUUAUACAUAAAUUAGGCUUUUUCAAUAUAUGUUUAUGUGUUUAAUUAGUCAUUUGUUCAUCAAUUUUAUAUGGUCUAAGGUGAGGCCUAGCACUAAAUAUUUAUAAGUAUAAUUAUUUAAUAUAAUAUCGUAAAUUAGAAUAUUAUUUGGUUAAUUAUGCACAAUUGCUAAUAGUAUUUGUUAUUCAGUUAUAAUUAAAAAUCACAUAUUUUCAUAUUCCGUAAUUUUGUUAUACAAUAUUCACUAAUUUUUUUCUAUCAUUUUUGUAGUUAUGUAUGUAUAUAUUUGCUUAAGUAAUUUGACAAAUUGUACAUUCAAAACGCUGUGGACACGACGGUUCGCCAACAAAAUUUAUUUUU